GACGCAGCUCCUGCCUCUGAGCUCCAGUUUCAGUCUGCAGUCUCACAGAUGUCAGCGUCUGAAGGCUCCAACGCCACCGGUGCGUCUGCGGUGCCGGACUAUGAGUGGAGAUACGAGUACUAUGAUGACGAGGAGCCGGUGCUGUAUGAAGGACUGAGGGCGCACCGCUAUUCCAUAGUGAUCGGUUUCUGGGUCGGCCUGGCGGUCUUUGUCAUUUUUAUGUUUUUCCUCCUCACGCUUCUGACCAAGACUGGAGCUCCACAUCCUGACAGUGGACAACAAUGUGAGAAGCGAGCUCGCCUGAUUGGCUACUUGGACACUAACCUCAGUAAUGAAGCCCCUCCCCCACACCCUCACGGCGUGGACACAUCCCGUUGUGUGUUUCAGUGCUACACAUCCAACAAGGAUCCGAGGAGCUCCAGAGCCCUGUGGACCACAGAUGGAGGGGGGUCAGGUCCGGGGGGGUCCCACAGCAGCGGUCUGGAGGUGGGGGGGGGCGUGCUGCUGCAGGAGGUGGCCGUGACAGAUAACAGGACAGAGAAGGACGCCGCCGUCCUGCUGGCACACUUCAACAUCCCCAACUUUGUGAGUUCUGAACAGAGCUCGACUGUGGGGGACGACGACCUGCUGCUGGGGGAGACGGAGCUGCCAAUCAUUCUGGAGGGGCGGGACCAGAGCAACAGGAGUAACGAUCACCUGAGUGAUUAGAGCAGAGGGCGGAGUUUCGUCAAC